AUGACGCGCGGCAAAAGCCCGCGCACGCACAGCAUGUACGGCUCCGCUCAGGUCGCGGGCAGCCGCCGGGAGCGCGCGCAGACGUCGCGCAGCGACCCGGCGAGGGACAUGGCCCGGGUCACCGAGGCUGCCAUGGCCCAGUCACCGCACCAGGCGGUGCAGAACCUCAUCCGCGCCACGCCCGCCAAGUCGGCCAAGAAGAAGCGCCAGAGCGUCGCGUUCGCCACCGCCGUGGACGGCGCUUCCGGGACCGACGACCCCUUCUCAACCUCUCCGAAGGCCAUCGCCAGUACCUCCGCGGCGGCGGACAUCAUCGCGGCUCAAGCCCGCAGGUUCGCCGCGGAGAGGGCCGCGGGACUCGUCGAGGAGCCCGGAGACGCAAUCUCGUCCGCGAUGUGGAGCUCCGCCAAGGGCGCCACCGAGGCGGUCGCCGCCGCGGUCGCGAACACCUCCAGGGAAAACGCCGCGCACCUCGUCUCCAGGGCGGCGUCCGCGCACGCCGAGCACGCCGCCGACGUCGCCGCCGCGGCCGCCGCGCACGCGUCCGCCGCCGCGGCCGCCGCGCGCGACGAUCCCUCCCCGGAGACGGAGGCUGAGGCGCAAACCGCCGCCGCGAUCGCGCGAGAAGCCGCGGAGAUGGCCACGCGCGCCGCGGCUAAGGCGACGUCCGCGGCCACGCGCGCGUCCGCUGACGACGUCAACAGGCGCAUCGCCGCCGCGCGGGACGCCAUGCGAGGCGCCGACGGCUUCGACGUCGCCGCGGAGACGGAGCGGCUUCGUCGAUCACAGCUGGCGGCGACACAGCUGGCGGCGCGCGACGAGGGCCUGCUGCCGCCCACGCCCCCGCCCCGCACGAGGCACACGAUCAUGUCCGAGGUGUACCAGAGCGCGGCGAGCGGUUUGGGAGGUGGUGCGGGAGGCGGUGGAGGAGGCGCACAGCUGUCAAGGGCGACGGAGCCUUCGUCGCCGUCCGUCGGGAGGCUCCCGGCCACCCCGGCGCACGCUUAUACACGCUCCCCCUCGAGGGUGGACGCCGUCGCCGUCGCUCGCGAACGUCGGGUUGGAUCGGCGGCGGUCAAGGUCAAGACGCCGGGGAAGCUCGGCAUCUCCGGCGCGGCCGCGAGGGUACCGGCGCGAGCGAUGACGCGCGAGGCUGCCGGCGCGUACGAUUUGGCCGAGGCGAGGCGUAAGCUCUCAAAGCUCUCAAAGGAGGCUCCCUCGCCGGCGAUGAGGUUCAAGGCGAGGCCGGCGCCCUCGUACACGAAGCCGCGGCGGCCAGACUCCGCGUCCGCCGCGCGCGUCGCGAGCCUGCGGGAGAACGCCCCCGCGGUCAAGAAACGCGAUCCGCUGUCGUUUGACUCGAUGGCGGAUUCCGCGCUGGAUCGCCGGCACAGCAGGUUCGAGGCUAACAUGGUUGAGCGGGAGCGCCGCAUCAUGAAUCAGAUGAUCCACUACAACGACGACAAGUCGGAGGCGGGGACGCCGAAGAAAGAUGUCAAGAUGCACCCGUGGGUGGGUAAGAGCCCGGAGAAGAAGGCGUCAGAGUCUCCGGGAGCGCACGCCGUGGGUCUCCUGGGCGUUCACAUGCCGCGACCCACCAAAAAGAGCAUCGCAAUCGCCGAAGCGGCUCGCCAGCGCCGAAUCGAUCGCGAGGUGGCGGAGGCCAUGGCCGCGACGGAGAAGCAGUACGGCAGCCCCGUCGAGCGUCGGGGUAACCCGUACCUCGCGCGUUCGCCCGGCGUGGCGCUGACCAAGACGGCAGCCUCGGCGCCCGGCUCGGCGAGGAGGCUGAUGGCGGACACGAGCGACGCGCGAAUUCGGUUGGAAAAGAGUUACGCCGAGGGUCGUUUGAACGCGGCGAGGGCGCUCCUGGCGGAACUGGAGACUGAGAGGAAGGGGACGUCGGCGCCGGAUGUGGCCGACGACGACGUUUGGGCGCUGGACGCGAGGAGCAGGGGCGCGGUGGCGGCGUUGAGGGGGCGACUUUGA